AUGGCAUCAGAUUCAGAAUUAUGGAAAAAAGCAUCAGAAGCCUUUAAAUCUAUUGAUAUUCAAAAAUAUUUAAAUGUGGAAGAACGUCAACUUAAAAUUUAUGAGACGGCUGAAGGGACGCUGUUUAAUCAAGAAGUUAUUGAAAAAAAUGCAGAUAUAAUAGAAAUUCCAAAAAAUAUCAAAAGAGAUUAUUCUUUUGCAUCAUACAAAGACCAACUGGCCGAUUUACAAUUACGAAAAGAAAUUGCUGAUAAAAAUAGAAAAGCUGGAAUAUUAACUGAAAAGCAGAAGAAAGCGGUUGAAUUGGAACUCAAAAAUGAGGAGGAGAUUCGCAAGUCGCUUAAACAAUUGCAUGAUUUAUUUGAAGGAAAAGUCAAAUUACUUUUUAUGGCUUGUAAAAAGGAACCUCAGUUUGCUUUCACCUAUAUAAAUAUAUUUUAUGAUUAUAUUGUUCCUUUAAUCAAGUCUCCUUUGGUUGCUAAAAUUGCUGUUAGAGGAUAUCUUUCUUUUAGAGAUGCUAUUUUUGAAGUGACUUCUGAUGAUCUUUGUAAGGUUUUUUUGUUAUUAGAAGGGAAAUUGUAAA